CAUCAGCCGUGACCCAAUGGUCAGACGCACGCGGUCCCUAAUCCGCGCGCUGGUGGAGCCGCUACAAUAGGCACAUCAAGACGUGAAUAGCCGGAGCUUCAAGUGCGUGCUUGUUGCGACUUGCAUGAGCUUACCAGAUAGAUGCACUUUCGGGACUUGAUAAUGACUCCGGGAAAGAAGGAUGGAGAUCGGCGGAGGUACAAGUAUGAGCGACUGGGUCGCGAGAGGGAGUCUUCUUUACUGCGGACUUCCUCUCGAUUAGAGAAGCUCAAGAGAGUUGGUCUGCUGGGCAUCAUGGUUUUAGCAUUGGGCUUUGUGGCGGUUUUGCUUGUUUCUGGGUCUUCGGCUUCUCCGCCAACGUAUGGUGGUCGUAGUUGCGAUUCUGUUCAGAAUGGCUACCAAUGCCAGCCAAGAAUCUCACACUUCUGGGGACAAUACAGUCCGUGGUUCAGCGUAGAGUCGAGUAUUCCCAACCAAGUCCCGCCCAAAUGUGAGAUCAGCUUCGCUCAAGUGCUCUCCCGUCACGGCGCAAGAGAUCCUACUGCUUCCAAGUCGAAGGCGUACAACGCGACCGUCCAAAAGGUGCACGCCACCGCAAAGUCUUACCCAGGAAACUACGCGUUCCUCAAGGACUAUGAGUACACACUGGGAGCCGACCAGCUCACGCUCUUCGGCGAACAGCAGAUGAUCAACUCGGGUACAAAUUACUACCAGCGCUACCAACAUCUCGCUUCUAAGUGCACACCUUUCAUCCGCUCAGCCUCCGAAGCUCGCGUUGUCGAGUCUGCUCAGAACUGGACUCAAGGAUUCCAUGCUGCCAAAACAGCCGAUCGCUCGAGCAAGCCCAAUGGAGACUCUACCUAUCCCUACCCCAUGGUCGUCAUCUCCGAGGCCUCGGGCUCCAACAACACUCUCAAUCACGACCUUUGCACCGCCUUCGAAGAUGGGCCGGACAGCACCAUCGCCGCCAAUGCGCAAAAGACCUGGUCGAACAUUUUCGUUCCUCCCAUCCAAAAGCGUCUCAACAACGAUCUCGGCGGAGCAAAUCUCAUACUUACCGAUGUCGUCUACAUGAUGGACCUCUGCCCUUUCUCCACUGUCGCCUCUCCUGGAGGGCAAAUUUCUCCAUUCUGCGACCUCUUCACAGAAAGUGAAUGGCAUCAAUACAACUACUACGAGUCGCUGAACAAGCACUAUGGCUACUCGCACGGCAACCCUCUCGGUCCCACUCAAGGAGUUGGUUUCGUGAACGAACUGAUCGCUCGGAUGACAAGCAAACCCGUGCAGGACCACACGUCUACCAACCACACUCUUGACGACAACAUGGCGACGUUCCCGCUCGGAAGGGAGUUGUACGCGGACUUUAGCCAUGACAAUGAUAUGACCGCCAUCUACUCGGCCUUGGGGUUGUACAAUACUUCCACCACGGCUCCCUUGCCGAAUACGACCGUUGUCGAAGCUGGUGGUGCAGGAGGGUAUAGUGCGGCGUGGACGGUCCCAUUCGGAGCGAGGGUCUACUUUGAAAAGAUGCAGUGCAAGGGAGAGAAGGAGGAGCUCGUGAGGGUCAUUGUCAAUGAUCGCGUGGUGCCGCUAGCCAUGUGUGAAGCAGAUCGCCUAGGACGGUGUAAGCUAGGCAAGUUCGUGGAGGGAUUGGCGUUUGCCAGGAACGGCGGGAAGUGGGAUCAGUGUUUCAAGUAA